CUUUCUCCUUCAGCCCCUUCUUCCUUCCUCACCGCGGUCACGCUGUCAUUAGGCACCGGCUCCCGAGCCCUGACAGAAAAGCCUAAAAAAUGAAGAUCUGGGCGUCAGAGCACAUUUUCAACCAUCCAUGGGAGACGGUGACCAAGGCAGCAAUGCAGAAGUACCCCAACCCCAUGAACCCCGGUGUGUUUGGUGUUGAUGUCCUGGACAGAAGCGUGGACACACAGGGACGGUUACACAGCACCAGACUACUCAGCACAGAGUGGGGGCUCCCUGCAAUAGCCAAGUCUAUAAUCGGGGCAACAAGAACGUGCACUUAUGUUCAGGAACACUCAGUGGUGGACCCCAAGGAGAAGCGCUUUGAGCUGAAAUCUACAAAUAUCUCCUUCACUAACCUGGUAUCUGUGGACGAGAAGUUAACAUACAAGCCACAUCCGCAGGAUCCUGAAAAGACGGUGUUGACACAGGAGGCUCUGAUCAGUGUGAAAGGUGUCAGUCUGAGCAGCUACCUUGAGGGUCUCAUGGCCAACACCAUCUCUGUCAACGCCGGCAAGGGCCGGGAGGCAAUGGAGUGGGUCAUCAGACGAUUAAACACAGAAAUCGAGGAGUUGGCAGCAACUGCUCGUGGUACGAUACGCGCUCCGAUGGCAGCAGCCGUCGCGGACAAAUGAUCCCGGCCUUCUCCACUGUAUUCUCCACCAUCAUGAACCGAUGGUCCUCUUAGACAUUUCCUCCCACCUAACCUGCCAACACAGCCUAAUAACCACAGCCCCAUCCUUCAGCCCUGCGUACGUUUGUUUGUGUGUGCAUGUCACGAGUACUUGCUGGUCGUCCCUCCUCAGCAGUCUGCGCAGAUGAGUUUGAUACUCACCGCUGCGGGCAGUGACCAAGAGUGUUGAGCUGAUGACAGUACAGAAAACAAACAGGGUUGAAUUGGACUGCACUUGAAGCUCAUAGGACGUAGUCUUGUGAUGUUAAAGCUCUUUUUUUAAAAAAGAAAAUCACACUGUGCCUCCACAUCAUCUCAUCCGUUUAGUCUUUUCUGUCUUUCUCCCCUUUGUCUUGAACUUUUCAUCUCUCAACAUUCUCUUUUUAUUGUUUCCAAACCCUCGUAAGCAAGUUAAGGACUUUCACUGACUUUCACUGGAUUGGCUGACCUUGCUUUGUACAGCGGAACAGACCAAAAAUAUCUCAAAACCAAAAUCACCAUUGCAAACAGGCUGCAACACAGUACAGACACUGCUUCAGCUUUUGUCUUGUGAUAUCAAAGCUCCAGGCUUUAAUUCUCCACCGUCCUGUGAAAUACUGAGCAAUCUUAUAAUCCAGAUUACUGUUUUGUUUUUCUCACCUGGGUUUAGAUGUAUUUUCUCAAAGAUUUAUUUGUGGCGUGCUGGAGUCUGAACAGUUUUUGGUAAAAACUGGUGAGGCUCAAAGGAAGCAGAGCUCUCAUCUGAAAGCCAGAUCUGAGUUCAGGUUAAGUGGCUGGACGGGAAAGCCAGUUUGUGGGUGUACUUACUUGGUCUGGUACAACCAAUUUUAAAAAUUUGAAACUCUUGUGCCAUCAUUUGGAACCAGAAAAGCCAGCCAACGUUUGUUGUUGUGAACGUCUCAAAAGUAUUUAAAAGAAGUGGGGGAGUGAGUUUCUGUUUAAUUUACCAAUUGAUGCAGAUGCGGGUCUGUCUGCUGAAGAUGUCAGCAUGGAUGACUGGUCUUCAGAUGUUCUGGUCUUGUUCUGGGUACAAAUGACUUCAUUUCUUAAGUCUUGCCUUUUGUUAGUCUUUCCUUUUACACUGAUGAUGUGCUGUACAGUUAAGUGUUACAGUAUAAGAAUGUGCAUACUUGAAUGUCUAACUUAUUUACAGCAUAUGUGCUUAAAUACACCCAAAAAGGCUGCAAAGUGAGUGUAUGAGCACUGAGCAACAUGUAGGCAUUGACCACAGUGUUUGGAUGUGUUGUGAACAUUCACCAUUGUUGUCAGAGGAGCUCUGAAGGGUUACGUUCAGGAUCACUGGGUGUGCCAAGACAAAAUGUGAAGAUUAAAAUAACUUUAUAGAUUUAAUAUCCCAAAACACUUUGUGUACGAUCAUGAACAAACCCAGUGCGUUUGUUCAUACUGUCUGUAGAUGGUGUUAUUUAUAGUAUAGAUGUAUUAGUGAACAUUGACGAAGGCUGUUAAAUUGAUCCGUUUAAAAAGCUGUUUGCUCGUGGCGUUUUUAUACUUCCUUCCUUAUCCCAUAGCGGACUCUCAGGUGCUACAUAGUUGACUGUGGUUCAGUUUCGGUGAUUGCUUCCUUUGUAAAGACUAACUUGAGAUGAAGGCGACAUAACUUUGUAACUCUUGUUCUUCCCUUUUCUUCUCUUCUUCUAUCUAGCAGUUUUAUUAAGGACAGUUCUACAAGUUAAAGUUUACAUCAGAAGGGUUUGUGGUACAACGCAAGCUUUUUUCCAAUAUCUGUAUGGAGCUCAGCAUCACAAGUCUUCCAAGAUGCUCCACAGAGAGUAUCUUGCUCGACUGUCAUGGUCUCAAUUAUUUCAGUGGAUCUCUUAUGUAACCACAGUGGGUCAGUCUCUUCCACACCUGCUUCCACUUCAGCUGAGCUUUUGUUUUUAAAGCUUGUUCAUAGUUAACUAACUCCUCAUCGCGUCCAGCUCAGGAUCAGACUGUUUGAAGUCUGGUCUGCUGCCUAACUGAUAGUCGGUAUCCUCCCAGUGUCUCGUUUCACAACUGAAGUGUGAUGUUUUUCUACGGGGAACAUUUUAGGAGCAGCGGCUGUAAAUAGGCUUAUAUUUAUAUUUUGGUGUUACAUUCCAAGAAUGUGAACCUGUAACAGAAUCUGAAGAGUGCACACUGAAAUGUUUCAAAAUAAAGAGAUGGCAUUGUUUCAUGAA